AGCAAAGCCUGCCUAUCUCCUCACUCAGAGUGGGAUACAGGGCACCUCUAAACUCCUUUUCCUCUUACUCCUUUUUUAAAACUGAUUCAUUUCUUUGUGACACCUCAAUCACUUUCCAAUGUACAAGAGCACUAGAGGACCUUUCCAUAGAAAACAGGUGAGAUCCAGAUAGAAGAGGAAACAUCUGGCAAGAAGGAUCCUGAACAGGAACCAAACGCCCAUAUGAAGUACACAAGGGUCAUCUCCAUUGUAACUACCCUGAUGUUUCAGCUAAUUACGUCUGGAGUGAGUGGUUCAUGCUACCCACAUACACUAUGCCUCCUUUCCAGCCCAUGGAAACAAAAUAGCGUGAUCCUAGGGUUCAACCACGAAGAAGCCAGGGAAAAAGUUGAAUUGCCAGAAAAUGUCAUUAGCCUUGAAUACAAUGCUUUUGAUGACCAAUAUGUGGGCUGUGAAGAGACUAUGGAGAUGAGGGCAAAAGAGCUCUUAGCUCAAGAAAGGGCAAUGAACCCAAAUUUCAAUGAAGUUUGGGAAAACGCAGAAAUUAAAUGGGAAAAUAUGUCUACCGAAAAGAAAAGAAUGAAAAUGCUAUUUGAAGUUGCUGUCAUUGCCUACACAAUGGAGAAAAAAAAGAUCUACCCAACCUUUAAUCAAGCAGUGAAAAAAUGCUGUGCAUCCCGGGAGGCUUAUAUGAACAACUUCCAUUUCAAAGCUCUCCAUUUCUAUCUAACCAGAGCUGUUCAAAUCCUGAAAAGAUCCUGUAAAGAUGUUUACAGGGGCAUCUCUGUGAAGCAGUACCCCGAUGGGACAGGAGAGAUGCGCUUUGGUCAAUUUGCUUCAACCUCUCUGAAACGACGUGUGGCCACAGAAUUCAUAAAUGGCUCAGGGACUCUUUACAAGGUGCACACCUGUGAAGGGGCUCCCAUUGAACACUUAUCGGCUUAUCCAAGUGAAAAGGAGGUGCUGAUCCCCCCAUAUGAGAUGUUCAAUGUCUCUAGGUUCUCAGAUUCUGAAGGCUUUAAAAAUGUUGAGCUGAAAAGCAAAAGAACAUUUAGCAAAUUUAACUGCGCCUACUUGGAAGCUUCUGGUAAUAAGGCAGCAGUCUCUGGACAACUGACAACCAUCUUACUCUCUGGAGUCCUCACUCUGGUCUUCCAAGCUCAUUCCCAGACCUUGACAGGGUUGUGACUAUACCGGGGACCAAUAUAGACAGUAGUGUGCUGGUAAAUGUUUACCAAAUGGCUCUUCCCCCCUCCCAAAAAAGGAAUCAGAGUCAGAGCACUUUUAAGUAUAAUCUACAUUAUUAAUAUUUUCCAUAAUUUUCUUAAGUCUAGAUUAGCAAUAAAAUGAUAACUGAUGUAGUAUUUGCCAACUUCUAAGUAUAAAUACUCACACUGAAAAUGUAACAAUCAACUUUCUCAGGCAGGUUGGAACUGGUUCUAGAACAUCCUGGCAUGUAGGUCUCUCUCAGCACCAUGGGCUAAAGCAAUGUCUGGUUAAUCUAUAUAGCUCAGCUAGGGCACAUUGCAGAGGGGAAUAGUUUGAGUCUAGUCUUAUCUUUCCCCACAAUAAUCCAUAGAAGGUGCUAACAUGCAAAUGUUUUAAAGGCUUCAUCUUAUCACAGAUUGUGAGAUUAGCAAAUUGAAAUAAUAAAGAAAUGAUUUCUCACCAUUA